GAGUGACUACUCGUCAGGCGCGCAGCACUCCUGCUCCUACCCAGUUCCUGUUUCCGCCUUCUGUCUUCAGACAGUUUACAACUCAAAGCAUCAUGUUCAGGCAGAAUAUAAACCUUGAAGAAAUGCAAGCUCAAUGAGAUAAAGCCAGGAAGAAGUUGUUCUCUGAAUUCCCAAGUGAGGAUUCUGUGAGGCUUCUAAAAAAAGAGCAGACGACCACUGAGAGCCAGAGAGACUGAGCCGUCUGCCAGUCAGUCAGAGGACUGCAGAGACACAGAGGGUGACACCAGUGAGCUGGCCAGACUACCAGAGCCCGGCUCAGCACAAGCCCAAACCAGCCUAGCCCAAAGAGGGCCCACCCAAGAAGGCAGGCCACAACAAUGGACCUCAACGCAUCCUAACCCCCUGCAGGAACCAUAGCCAUGCAUUAACUAACCCCACCAACCAAACCCCAACUGGACCACGCUCACCUCCUCCGUUCUCCCUCCACCCUACACCCUCCAUCGCCGUUCUCACCAUGCUUCAGAGCCUAUUGUGACGGGAGUGCUGCUCACCCCCCCAUCCCUCACCCCUCCACCCCAGAGACCCCAGAGGGGUGAAAGAUGCGGCCAUGGGCAGGUUCGUGGCGCUGGAUUAUGCUGGUGCUCCUUGCGUGGGGUACACUGCUGUUCUACAUCGGAGGACACCUGGUUAGGGACAGCGAGCAUCCGGAGAGAUCCAGCAGAGACCUGUCCAAGAUCCUGGCCAAGCUGGAGAGACUGAAACAGCAGAAUGAGGACCUGAGACGCAUGGCUGAGACACUCAGGUUACCAGAGGGUCAGUCUGACGGGGGCCAGGUGGUGAGCGCAGGGAGACUGCGGACCUUGGAGGAACAGCUGAUCAGAGCUAAAGAACAGAUCAACUCCUAUCGUAGCCUGCCUGGAGACGGGCCAGGUAGGAACCAGGAGGAGCUGCGGAGGAAGAUAGAGAACGGGGUGAAGGAGAUUUGGUACUUUGUCCGCAGUGAGGUCAAGAAGCUGGGUCACAUGGAGCAGGGGGACCUGCAGAAACACAUCGACACACUGCUGCAGGAGCUGGGACACCAGCAGAGGUCGAUCAUGACUGACCUGCACUACCUGAGCCAGGCUGAUGGAGCAGGAGACUGGAGAGAGAAGGAGGCCAAGGACCUGUCUGACAUGGUACAGAAUAGGAUCACAUACCUCCAGAACCCCCAGGACUGCUCCAAGGCCAGGAAGCUGGUGUGUAACAUCAACAAGGGCUGUGGCUACGGCUGCCAGCUGCACCACGUGGUCUACUGCUUCAUGAUCGCGUACGGCACCCAGCGUACCCUCAUCCUCGAGUCCCAGAACUGGCGCUACGCCACGGGCGGCUGGGAGACCGUCUUCCUCCCAGUCAGUCAGACAUGCACCGACCGCACCGGGGUCACCACCGGACACUGGUCAGGUGAGGCUAACGACAGAGACAUCCAGGUGGUAGAGUUACCCAUCGUUGACAGUCUCCACCCCCGCCCCCCCUACCUGCCCCUGGCUAUCCCAGAGGACCUGGCCCAGCGCCUCCACCGGCUCCAUGGAGACCCGUCCGUGUGGUGGGUGUCUCAGUUGGUCAAGUACCUGAUCCGGCCCCAGGCCUGGCUGGAGAAAGAGAUCCAGGAUACCACCGCCAAACUGGGCUUCAGCCACCCCAUCAUAGGGGUCCAUGUGCGGCGGACAGAUAAAGUGGGGACAGAGGCAGCCUUCCACCCUAUAGAGGAGUAUAUGGUUCAUGUAGAAGACCACUUCCAACAUCUGGCUAGACGCAUGCUGGUGAACAAGAAGAGAGUCUACCUGGCCACCGACGACCCCGCACUACUAAAGGAGGCCAAGGCUAAGUACCCAGACUAUGAGUUCAUCAGUGAUAACUCCAUCUCGUGGUCUGCGGGGCUACAUAACCGCUACACUGAGAAUUCACUGAGAGGAGUCAUCCUGGACAUUCACUUUCUGUCACAGACCAACUUCCUGGUCUGCACCUUCUCCUCACAGGUGUGUCGUGUGGCAUAUGAGAUCAUGCAGACCCUCCAUCCAGACGCCUCGUCUCACUUCCACUCCCUGGAUGACAUCUACUACUUUGGUGGCCAGAACGCCCACAACCAGCUAGCCGUGUACGCCCACCAGCCCCGCAGCCCCGACGACAUCCCCCUGGAGCCCGGCGACCUGAUCGGGGUGGCGGGGAACCACUGGGACGGAAACUCCAAGGGCAUCAACCGCAAGACGGGCCGUACCGGCCUCUACCCGUCCUACAAGGUGAAGGAGAAGAUCGAGACCAUCAAGUAUCCUAUGUACCCCGAGGCAGACAAGAUGCUGAAUCAGUAGAGAGAGACUGAGAUGCAGACUGAGCUGCAGACUGAGAUGCAGACUGAAAUACAGACUGAGAUGCAGACUGAGGUGCAGACUGGGGUGCAGACUGAGAUACAGACUAAGAUGCAGACUGAGAUGUAGACUGAGACGCAGACGCAGACUGAGACGCAGACUGAUAAGCAGACUGAGAGACAGACUGAGAUGCAGACUGAGUGACAGACUGAGAUGCAGACUGAGGUGCAGACUGAAAUGCAGACUGGGGUGCAGACUGAGAUACAGACUGAUAAGAAGACUGAGGGACAUACUGAGAGACAGACUGAGAUACAGACUGAGAUGCAGACUGAGAUGCAGACUGAGCUGCAGACUGGGAUGCAGACUGAAUUACAGACUGAGAUGCAGACUGAAAUGCAGACUGAGAUGCAGACUGAGAUACAGACUGAUAUGCCGACUGAUAUGCCGACUGAGUUACAGACUGAGCUACAGACUGAGAGACAGACUGAGAGGCAGACUGAGAUGCAGACUGAGACGCAGACUGAGACGCAGACUGAUAAGCAGACUGACAUGCAGACUGAUAUGCAGACUGAGAGGCAGACUGAGAUACAGACCCGAGAUACAGACUGAGAUACAGACGCACACUGCUCACUUAUGAGAGGAGAGAGACCCUCAGCCCGGUAGAGGGGACGAGGAGGAAAGCACUUUGAACGAGUGGUGGUGUUUGUCGGUGGAAGGGUUUGCGUGUGUGAACACCAUGCUUGCUUGCAUGUGUGCGCAUGCGUGAGUGACAGAGGAGUAUCUACAGGGUAUCUGACGUACUCAUCACCCUCGGGGACGAGGACCCUCCAGUGGAUCCUCCAUCAGGAUGGUUAAUAAGACAACAAUGAACGAAUGAAUGAACGACAAGAAGAAAUACACGAAGGAUAGCACUCCGGUGGAAUGAUGAAGGGAUCGUCCAAUCGCAGCUCUUUAUUUAAAUAAUAAUUGAAAUAACUGAGAAACCUCAGAAUGAUGACUGAAACAAAGAAUUAUAAAGAGAACCAAUUGUGAACUACAAGAACCAACAAACAAACUCUUGACUUUCUCCUCUCCUCCUGUGCUGUUCUCUUCUCUGUUCUAUUCUCUUCUCUGUUCUCAUCUCUGUUCUAUUCUCUGUUCUCAUCUCUGUUCUCUUCUCUGUUCUCAUCUCUGUUCUAUUCUC